AGAGAAUCGAAUCUCUCUUUGUGUCCGGUUUCAAUAGUCAGUGACUCAGUACCAGAGUUCCGUGGCGUGUGUUUGGUUACAGCGAGAACACAGAACUUCUCUCUGGAUUUCUUGCAGAAGGAAAAGGCAAAAGGGGAUGAUGAAGACGCUGAGCGCCGAAGAGUCAAAGACGCUCUACGCUCUCCUGAAAUCGGAGCAAAGGCCAUUGGAUGAGAUCGCCUCGGACUUCAACUCCAAGUUCCCUCCCGCUCGCCACUUCGUUGCUUGCUCCUCCCUCGUCCUCCUUUUACAGGACAAAAAGAUGCUUUAUUCAACUCAACGUUUGGCUGCAUUCACGAUUCUUCAUCAGGCUUAUGCCUCCCAGAAAUCUUCUGCAAACCCUUUUAUUACUUUUAUUGUAAAUGUUGCAUCUGAUGAUGAAGCUGAAAAGUAUGAGAGGGCGUUUAUUCUACAGCUGCUAGGCUCUGAUGGCUCUAGUAGUGGCAAAGAGUUUCUUAAACAGUCUGCUACAGAUUACACCAGAGGUUUUGAUCCUUCAGUGCAUGAUUAUCCAAAACAUGAACAGUUACAGCAGCAGUAUUGUGAUAAAAUCCAUUCAGAACCAUAUAAUUGCUUAUUUAAGGAUGGUUCAGUGAAAAGUGUGGUACCAGACCCUGAUGUUCCCCAUGGUUGUGAUGCAAACUCACCAGAGUUUGACCUGCAACCUGGAGCCAAACCAAAACUUGGAUCUGGAGAUAGAGAAGAUACAGUGAUGGGGUUAUUGCGGAAUUUGUCUCUUGAAGGAUUAGGUCCUCAAUGGAUCAGGCCUCUUCCACCAAGGCUUCCAGUACAGGAGGGGGAACUAGUGUGGCUCAACCCUGAUGACAAUCAUGAACUUUUAUGGGACUAUGGUAUGUGCGUUGAUACUAGCAGAGGGGCAGCAGUAAGGGACUUAAUUGCAAAAGCUUUGAAGGGACCACUUGUGCCUCCACAACAAGAGCAAGUAUUGGUGGAGUUGGCAAAUGACCCAAAGCUUGUGUAUCAUUGUGGACUAACACCUAGAAAGUUACCAGAACUGGUGGAAAAUAAUCCUCUAAUUGCAGUUGAAGUUCUCACCAAAUUGAUAAAUUCGCCUGAAAUUGCAGAAUAUUUUACAGUUCUUGUGAGUAUGGACAUGAGUCUACACUCGAUGGAAGUUGUUAACAGGCUUACAACAACCGUUGAACUUCCCUCUGAGUUCAUACGCAUGUACAUAACUAACUGUAUAUCAUCAUGUGAGAACAUCAAGGAUAAAUACAUGCAGAACAGGCUUGUGAGACUUGUAUGUGUUUUCCUACAAAGCCUUAUCCGAAAUAAUAUCAUCAAUGUCAAAGAUCUUUUCAUUGAAGUUCAAGCUUUCUGCAUUGAAUUCUCGCGUAUUAGGGAAGCAGCUGCAUUAUUUAGGCUUCUGAAGUCCUUGGAAUAAAUUGGUCCCCUUUUUUUCGUUCUUGUAGUUUUCUUGGGUUCAAUGACUAGCUUUCUUUUUUUCUCUUCAUUUUCCCUACAUCCCUACAUGUAGAUAAUAACACAAGCAUUUAGAAUGCAGAUGGUGUCUUCUUCUUCUUCUUCUUCUUCUUCUUCUUCUCUCUCUCUCUCUCUCUCUCUCUCUCUCUCUCUUCUGAUUGUUGUAGUGAUUUGUGUUUAAAAAGUAAUAUAUGACAAGAGUCUACUGGCAUGCA